AUGUCUGCUCCAAGCGAGAAGAGUGUCAGUAAGGGCGCGACGGAGACCGGCUUGAGGCAGACACCCUCCGGCUCCGUCCAGCACGGCGAAGCGGACUCUGUCGCCGACUCAGCCCUCCGUGACUUCUACACGGGUGCUGUGAAUGAGAACUACCGUAUGAAGUCGGAGCUCAUCGCGAAACACCUUGGAGAAAUUGGUAUGGGAAAAUUCCAAUGGAUUCUGUUUGUCGUCAAUGGCUUCGGCUGGAUUGUCGACAACUUUUGGUCUCAGGGCAUCACAGCCAUCCGACCCCCGAUCGGCAAUGAGUUUACGGAUAUUGCGCGCCUCAGCUUCAGCUCAGUAGCCUAUUAUGUCGGUCUGAUAGUCGGUGCCUCCUUCUGGGGUACGACUGCCGAUCUCAUCGGUCGCAAGCCGGCAUUUAAUGCGACUAUCCUUUAUGGUGGUAUCUUCGCAUGUGCUGUGGCUGGUGUUCAGAACUUCACUGGCUUCUGCAUUCUCUGGGCGAUCAUUGGCACAGCAGCCGGAGGCAACGUUCCCGUUGACAGCGUCGUGUUUCUGGAGUUCGUCCCCCAAACACAUCAAUGGCUGCUCGUCAGCCUGUCAGCAUGGUGGAACUUGGGUCAGGUUAUUGUGUCUCUCCUGGCUUGGGUGUUCUUGGCAAACUUUGCGUGUCCAUCAACGGACGCUCCUUGUCGCAUGCAAGACAACAUGGGGUGGCGUUAUCUCAUGAUCACCCUCGGCGGUAUUGCCAUUGCCUUUGGCUUGAUCCGUAUUGUGGCUUUCAAGAUCCCCGAGUCGCCCAAGUUCCUCAUUUCAAAGGGCCGCGAUGCCGAGGCCGUAGAGGCUGUCAACUAUAUUGCUCGAUACAACGGUCGCCCCGAAACUCUUACUCUCGACAUGCUUCAAGCCAUUGACAGACACUGCAAUGGAGUUGCGUCUUCAGACGAUGGCGUGAGCAGCAUUGCCGCGCCACUGGAUGCGGAUGUAGCCCCACGAGGGUCUAAACUGUCGCACAUGGAAAUUCUGAGAGAGAGCUUCAGAGACUACAACGCCGACAAUUACAAGAAGUUGUUCGCUGGCAGGAAGAUGGCGCAACAUACCUUCGUCACUUUUCUCAUUUGGCUCACUGUGGGCGUGGCGUACCCGCUCUACUUCGCUUUUAUUCCAUCGUAUUUGGAGACUAAGUCGUCGUACUCCACAAACACGUCUCUGGAUCACACCUACAUGAUCUACUGUAUUGUUUCAUCAGCUGGAGUGAUUGGUCCGAUAGCUGCCGGCUUUUGCGUUGAAACACGCUUUGGUCGUCGGUGGAUGAUGGCGGCCUCGGCUGUAAUGACCGGAGCCUUUUUGUUUGCCUAUACAGCGGUUGGCACUGAAGCUGCGGACAUUGGUUUCCAGUGUGCAACCGCAAUCCUUGGAAACUUUGAAUAUGCGGUGAUGUACGCAUUCACACCCGAGUCCUUCCCCGGUCCCGUUCGUGGAACAGGGACGGGAAUUGCAGCUACACUCCUUCGUCUCGGCGGUCUUGUGGCAUCGUUUGUGUCAACAUAUGCCGGGUAUACUGUUGUGCCGAUAUACGCCAGUGCGGCAUUAUGGAUAUUGGUGAGCGGUUUCUGCUUCGGACUGCCUUAUGAGACACACGGGCAUGCUUCUAUUUAG